AUGACACCGCCGCCGCGGGACGAGCUGACCAGCACUGUUUUUGAUGCCCUACAAAAUCUAGUGCCCACUCAAAAAGCAACUUUUCUGUUGGAUACCGCCCUCGCCCUAAUUGCCGUUGGACAAUAUGGAGCACAAGUGGAAAAUUACUUUGAUGUGUAUCUGCGCACACCAAAUUUGCCAGUGGAAGAUGUUGUAAGGGCCCUGGUAGCCCGAGGAAAGGCUCGGAAGGCUGAGGGGGAGUGUUUACUCGCCAAAGCUCAGCAGGAUUAUGAAGCUGUAUUGAAACUUGAUCCUUCGAAUAAAGACAUACAACAUCUACUUGGCCGGAGUAAGAUGGUGCCGAAAUUUAUAUCCAACACACCUGCAUCUCAACGUGCCCCUCCGGAAAUUUGGGAACGCAUAGCAUACCAUAUACCCCGCUAUCACCUCCGUACUUGGCUAUUUCUCUCACCCUUUCAUCGAGAGAUCGCCGUCCGCAUCAUCUUUCACACCCUAGACUUAUAUUUUGGUGAAGACCAAGAUAAUUUGAACAAAGGACUGGAUAUCUUCGAUCGUGCCAAGAAUGAUCCAGUUUUCGCCAGAAGAGUAAAGAGUUUGAGGUUGCAUUGGGCCUACGAAGAGGGUGACAUGCUGGAUCUGAUGAUGCGAAUUUUCCGGACUGCUUUGCCGGAGUUCAAGGCCUUGCAAGACUUUGAAUGGAUAGGAUAUCCUGAAUUACGGGCGGAUACGAUACAGGAUAUAUUACAAAGUCAUAGCGGUUUACAUGGCUUGGGACUAAUAGGUUGGCAUUUUGAUGCUAUUGGAAUAUCCUCUUUUACCUCCCUCCGUAAAUUCACUCUCCGAGCAGAAGAUGACGACGGAUUUGCUCCCAUGUCAGAAAUUCCGCUUCUUCUAAACACCAAUCUUCCCACUCUCAAACAUCUUGUGCUUGCUGCUUAUCUUGCUCGACCUCAUUCCUGGGAUAUGGCUUUUCAGAGCCACGCCAUCAGUCGUUUAACCCAUUUGGACCUGGUCGACACUCGCAUUUCCCAUUAUGUCCUAGGAAGAAUCCUCGGAGCUGCGGGGGGGUUGCGAAGCUUGACCCUACACGGAACAAUGGAAGAGCCCGCCAAGGCUGCAGUACUUUUCGGUGGUGAUCAAGUCAUACCCGGUCCCAACGGGGAAGACCAGCAUACAUUUUUGCCUCAUCUUGAGUCGUUUCGAUUUCUGAUGGUUGGGCAAGACGAACCCGCACUCUAUACCAGCGUUAUCGAGUUUUUGCGCCGAAGGCCGCAUCUCAGACGGCUGGAUUUGGGAAGCUGCCCAUGGCACAUGGUAUUAGCUCUUCUACGAGGAACACCUCCACAUGUAAACUCUGAACUGGAUCACAAAGCUUCCUCCAUGUCGGGAUCAGUUGCUAGUACAAGUUUCGGUGCUAUCGCAAGUUUCUCAUCGGGUUUUAAUUCGCAACGAGAACCGACACCGAAAACUAUCGGAAUCCCGGGCUUGCGGACACUCGGUGUGCGCAUGGGCACCAUGACGGAAACGAAGGUGCUGGAGCUAGUGACUGUGUUGCCGAGGGAAAUGGUGGCAAUAAGUCUUUGGGCCGGAGUUCCUGACCGCUCGAUGAAUGCUUACGCCCCGCUUUUCACCCGCUUCCACCAACUCUCGUUCCUUCAUUUGCAAUCUUCUUCACAACGAAGACCGAAACCCAACCUUAUGCCCGAAAGUGAAUUCCAGCGAGAGACGGAUCUGUGGCAAGCCAGUGCAAGGAGCAUUGCGUGCACGCUACCUACCCUUGAUUUUGUUGGGUGGCAUAGAGAACAUUAUGUUGUUGUCAGGAAUACCCCCGCAGGAUCAUCGACAACGGCUUGCACUUCAUUAGUUUCUGUACAGUCAACACCAUCUUGUUCCGCUCCUAUGAUGAAUGGCUCAUCUCGGACUCCUUCCCUGUCCUCAGCUCCGACGUCUUCCUUUACAUCCGUCCCCUCACUCGCAUCUACGGCAAAGAGAAAUUUUUCUUCCAUAAAUUUGUCGUGUCCAGACAUUACUCUAGCUGCUCCAUCAAGUCCUUCUAGUGAGGCCACAGCCUUAGAGUUGAAGGAGCUUCCUCCACGUCGGAGACUAGAUUGUGGAAAGGGUGUGGACUUGGGCACGGAGGAUGCAGCAUGGCUUGAACGGAAAGAUGUUCCCAUGGACUAUGAGGAGCCUGGAUUGGAAUGA